AUGCAUGGUUACAACAAGCUGGUCGUCUGGCUGCUGCUCCUAAGCAGCUCGUCAUCAUACUUUGGCCAUGGAAUCAGUGCUUCUGAUGUCCAAUGCUUGAAGGACCUCAAACAAUCGUUGAUUGAUCCUAAUGAUAUACUAGGGAAAAAAUCCCACCGGUGGAAUUUUACUGACAUCCGCGAUGACGGUGACAUAUGCGGGUUCACCGGCGUGGAAUGCUGGAACCCUAAUGAAAACAGGGUUCUCAGUUUGCGCCUCGGCAACUUAGGACUCGAAGGUCCAUUUCCUCGAGGCCUCGAGCUUUGCACCUCCAUGACCACUCUGGACCUGUCAGGCAACAACUUUUCAGGGCCGCUCCCAGAACACAUCUCUGAGCAGAUGCCCUAUGUAAGCUUUCUAGACCUCUCGAACAACAGCUUCUCAGGUGGAAUCCCUGCAAGCAUCAUGAACAUGACGUACCUCAACAUCCUCGCUCUUCAACACAACCAGUUCACCGGCGAAAUUCCGGCGAUCAACCUUUCACGCCUCAUUUCGUUCAACGUCGCCAAGAACUCGUUGUUCGGUCCCGUCCCGGACUCUCUGCAGAGCUUCCCGACCGCCAACUUCAUGGGCAACCCGGGGCUCUGCGGGGCGCCGCUGGACAAUAAGUGCAAGAAGAGGUUCAGGGUGCGGAUACACGUUCGGCUUGUCCGGAUUCGGGAGAUGUUUGUCCGGAUUCAGAAGCUACUGCACAGGAUCAACGACGCGUCCAUCAUCGGGGCGUCGGCUGGGUUCAUCUUUGGGUUCGUGGUGGCCUUCUACUUCCCGCACAAGUUCUUGUUCUGUGGGAGGUUCCAGCCCUACACCUUUCGUGUUUGUGGGUGA